AUGCCUAAUCUCACACUUAGUGAAAAUUUUCCCUCCAAGAGAAGAAAACCAUUUCACCUUUCACAAAGAAAAACCCUCAGCUCACAUUCAGCUCACAAAGAAAAUCAUGUCACCCUUUUAGAAGAAAACCCUCAUCGUUAUCACCCUCAGCUCGUCAUCGAUCACCCUCAGCUCGCUCGUCAUCACCCUCAGAAAACCCUCCUGCAUCGCGAAUCGAAGCUAACCACUGACCCCCACUCACCACUCACUGCCACACACCACUCACCACUAACCACUGACUGUCGCUCGAAGCUAAGUCGCCCUCUUGCACUGAUCGUAGCGCGCCACCCAGACCAUUCAUCUACCUUCGUAGUCUCUGCUCUCACCAUCACUGGUCACCAUCGUCGUAUCUGUGCUCACUGUCGCUGCUCAACCAAGUUGUCUCUGCUCUCACCAUUGCAUCUCACCCUUGUUGUUUCUGUGCCGACCGUCACCGCGCGCCUAGCAUCAUCGUUCUCUCUGCUCACCAUCGUCGAGAAGGCAAGACAAGCUUUGAGGGCGUUGAGGGCAGUGGUGAGGCUGCAGGCUAUAUUUCACGGAAGGCUAGCGAGGAAGCAAGUUGCUGUUACUCUAAGGUGCAUGCAGGCUCUUGUUCGAGUUCAAGCUCGCGUCCGCGCUAGGAAUGAGAGGAACUCUCCAGAAGGGAAAGCAGUGCAGACACUAUUAGAUCAGUACCGCAACCAAGCUGAUCCUAUCAAGGAGGCUAAGCUCACACUUAGUGAAAAGUUUCCCUCCAAGAGAAGAAAACCAUUUCAUCUUUCACAAAGAAAAACCCUCAGCUCACACUCAGCUCACAAAGAAAACCAUUUCACCUUUUUAGAAGAAAACCCUCAUCGUCAUCACCCUCAGCUCGUCAUCGAUCACCCUCAGCUCGCUCGUCAUCACCCUCAGAAAACCCUCCUACAUCGCGAAUCGAAGCUAACCACUGACCCCCACUCACCACUCACCGCCACACACCACUCACCACUAACCACUGACUGUCGCUCGAAGCUAAGUCGCCCUCUUGCACUGAUCGUAGCGCGCCGCCCAGACCGUUCAUCUACCUUCGUAGUCUCUGCUCUCACCAUCACUGGUCACCAUCGUCGUAUCUGUGCUCACUGUCGCCGCUCAACCAAGUUGUCUCUGCUCUCACCGUUGCAUCUCACCCUUGUUGUCUCUAUGCCGACCGUCGCCGCGCGCCUAGCAUCAUCGUUCUCUCUGCUCACCAUCGUCGAGAAGGCAAGACAAGCUUUGAGGGCGUUGAGGGCAGUGGUGAGGCUGCAGGCUAUAUUUUGCGGAAGGCUAGCGAGGAAGCAAGCUACUAUUACUCUAAGGUGCAUGCAGGCUCUUGUUCGAGUUCAAGCUCGCGUCCGCGCUAGGAAUGUGAGGAACUCUCCAGAAGGGAAAGCCGUGCAGACACUAUUAGAUCAGUACCGCAACCAAGCUGAUCCUAUCAAGGAGGCUGAGGUAUUAUAAAAGCUUUUUAAAUU